AGUAAGGUGUGUCAACAGGCAUGUGGGUGACCCUGCCUUGUUGCCCAAAGUUGUGCCUAUUUGAGUUCAUGUAUGUUGGCUGGCAACUCGGCAAAUUUUUUCUACAGCACAAACGAACAUCCGAAUCUGGUGAGCUAACCUAAGCUCAGGUAACCGAAACCGGUUGGGCAUUAACACACAGUUUUGGGAAUUCAGAUGAAGAGGUAACAAAAAUGAUCAUUGGAUAGUGAUGGGUAUUGUUACUAACAUGGAAGGGAUAAAAGGCGAACCAACUAUUGGGAUCCAGAGAGGGAAAGAGCAGCCGUUGAACCAACCGUCCAGCGCAUAAGCUCAGCAGAAGUUACCCACCAAGUGGGGUUACAAAAGCUCGUCGCUGCCGCAUGAAGAUGAGGAGCCAGGCAACCGGAGUGAGAAUCAUGCUCAAGUGGGAGCGAAAGAAUGGACAUAGCAAAAAGAGAAUAAUCUGAUAGGUGAGAUGGAGAAAUGGUCAGAAUGUUGGUGAGUGUCAGAGUAGUUGAGAAGCGACUUGUAUAGUGGGAUAAAAGAGGAGUAGAUGCAUCCAUACCGCCGCUUGAGGAUGGUGAUGGCAUCGGCGCCAGGCACAUCGGCGUGUGCAGCUUGCCGAGUACUGCGUCGGAAGUGCACUGCCCAAUGCCUAUUUGCUCCUUACUUUCCCCCAGACCAACCACAGAAGUUUUCUCAUGUUCACAAGGUGUUUGGCGUCGCGAACGUCACCAAGAUGCUGCAUGAUUUGCCACCACCUCACCGCGAAGAUUGUGUGAAUUCCCUGGCGUAUGAGGCGGAUGCGCGCGUUCAAGAUCCCGUGUAUGGUUGUGUAGGUGCCAUAUCGAUCCUUCAGCAGCAGGUGGCGCAACUACAAGCCCACCUAGCACUGGCAACCUCGGAGAUAUCAAGGCUUCGCGAGACCUUAGCCGUUGCUGCCGCAGCCUCCACCACCUCCACCACCUUCAGUCCUCCUGCAAGCAACACUGCUCUUGUAACGUGUGGACAAGCUCUGCUUGUAGGACUUCACCAACCUCCUCAAUCCCCUCCUCUGGCCGCCGACGACUCUCAAUCUGCCUACCUUGAUCGCCCUGCUUCACCAAUUGAUCCGCAACAUCAAGAAACACCAACCCAUCAACAACCACAACCCCUUGCUCCAUCAUGUGAGGACUCAGGGCCUGCAUGUUCAUAG